GUGAAGGAUCAGCCUCCAGCUGUGAAGGACCAGCGUCCAGCUGCAGACCCCGUGAUGACCAAGCCGCAACCAUCAUGCUUACUCUGUGUUACUGCAACAUGAGCCUGUCUCCAUCCAGUCGCCUGCACCUUCAGCACCUAAUGCGUCACAGUCUGCACCUACACCAACACUACUCAGCACUCAGUUUGGCCAUGUCAUAGCGGGUAACCUCCCCAGCCUUCCUGCUCACCCCUCAAAGUCAAACAAGAAGGUGGUAUCAUUGUUUUGUACUACGUGUGAUUCUGAUCUUAACGACACUAUGUCACUAUUCUGGAAGACUGAAGAUGUGCCUCAAGUAUUCACAGAAAAAGUGUCAGAGCACGAAGCAUGUGAGCAAAUGUUUCAAGAGAAUGUACAAUUAAUUAAUAACCAAUUUGAAGUUGCCUUACCAUUAAAGUUGCCUCUCGACUCUGUCAAUGAUACUCUGGGAGAUUCCUUGUACCUUGCAUUAAAGAGAUUUCAUAAUUUGGAAAAUAGGCUGCAUAAAGAUCCAGUUUUAUUGAAAUUAUAUAAAGAUUUCAUUCAUGAAUAUUUAGAGUUGGGACAUGGAUCUAAAAUUGACAUUGCACAAUAUGAUUUAAAUUCAGAUCCAGUUUAUUUUUUGCCCCACCAUCCUGUAGUAAGAAUGGAUAAGAAAAGUACUAAAUGCAGGGCUGUAUUUGACGCUUCAAUGAAAACAAAUAAAAAAGUGUCACUUAAUAAUUUGCUUUUAAAUGGUCCUGUAGUACAGAAAGAAUUGUUCGACAUUUUAAUUCUAUUUCGAUUCGAACAAUAUGUAUUUGUCACUGAUAUUAAACACAUGUUUAGGGCAGUUAGUCUUAAUGAAAAGUAUCGCCCAUUGCAAAACAUUCUCUGGCGUGACUCGCCAGACAACAAUGUUGAAUGUAUUCAGCUAAAUACCGUUACGUAUGGGCUAAAAAGCUCGUCGUAUUUAGCCACUCGUUGCUUAAUAGAAUUAGCUGAUCGAUAUGCAGAGGAUUUUCCAUUAGCAUCAUCCAUUCUAAAGAAUCAAACUUAUGUAGAUGACAUUUUAGCUACCAAUGAUUCCUUAGACGCAUUGAUAGAGUCGAAAGAGCAACUUUGCAAGCUUCUGGACCUGGGAGGCUUCCAGCUACAUAAGUGGUCUUCUAAUAGAGUUGAGGCUUUGCACGACAUACCGACAGACAAACAGUAUUUCGACUCUAUUGACUUAGAAAAAACUAAUUUAUGUAUAAAAACGUUAGGUGUUAAUUAUGACAUUAAGUCUGAUACACUAACCCUUUCUGCGCCUAAUACAGGCACUAACAUACCUGACACUAAGCGGGAAGUACUCAGUUUUAUAAGUAAGUUCUUUGAUCCGCUAGGCUUGGCGGGCCCGCUCGUUGUAAGUGCUAAGGUCAUUAUGCAAAAGCUUUGGGAAGCACGUCUUGAAUGGGACUCCAUACUUAACGAUGAUUUAAGAAAGCUAUGGCGUGAGUUUUAUAAAAGUCUUUCAAUUAUGGCUCCCAUGAGUUUCAAUCGUUAUGUCUGCUUACAAAAUGCAACAUGUCUGCAACUGAUAGGUUUCGCCGAUGCCUCGAGUUCCGCUGCUUACGGCUGCUGUGUGUAUCUGCGUGUGGUUGACUCAACAGGUAAUGUGAAUGUUUCUUUACUCUGUUCGAAGUCUCGCGUCAACCCCAUCAAACAGAGUCUCACCGUGCCGCGACUGGAGCUCAAUGCCGCACUGCUGCUUGCGAAGCUUAUCACCAGAGUGCAUGAUACACUCUCAUUAAAAAAGACCAUUAACAAUGUUGUAUUAUACUCCGACUCACAGAUUGUUCUGGCUUGGAUACAGACUAAUGCUGCUAAAUUAAAUACUUAUGUAGCAAACAGGGUAAAGGAGAUCUCCCAGCUCACCAGUAAGUAUACAUGGGCAUAUGUAAACACGCACGAGAAUCCUGCCGACUGCCUGAGCCGAGGCGUCCUACCCCAUGAGCUCGAGAGCAACCAGUUGUGGUGGACAGCACCUUUAUUCCUCCAUGACAGUAAGUAUGUUGCUCCCCAACAAGAGCAGUACACGGCCGACGGUCUACCCGAGGUGAGAAGGAGCUCUGAGUUCUCUAGUGCAAUGGUUUGUACUCUCUUUGAUAAGGCAGACAUAAACCUUGAUUUUCUUGAUAAAUAUUCAGAUAUAAAUAGAAUGCAAAGGGCCACUUCCUGA